AUGCGUAGGUCAAAAUCAUCAGGUCUACCAAAAGAUUAUCAUCCAGGAAAAGUUGGUAAGACCAUUAUUGAUCCAAACACUAAGGAUACUUACCUUCUCAACAAAGAAAUUGGUUCUACUUCUGACGGUUGCUGCCGAGUUUACAAAGCUUUACAUUCUGAAUCUAUGGAAAAUGGUACACUUAUCCCUUCUGGCCACGUCACACUGAAGACGAUAAACAAGAAUCAUGAAAAUGAAUGGGUCGAGUUGCAACUGGAAGCUCAUACGAGUUUUACUAAUCCUCGUGGAAAUUUAAUAGCAGUCAAGAAUUAUUUCGAUACUAAUGAAGUUUUAUGCGUUUCAUUGCCAUAUAUGUCAGAAGGUUCUCUUCGUUAUAUUCUUUCUACUCGAACGCAGAAAAUUUUGUCAGAGGAUUGUAUUGCUAUUGUUCUUAAAGAAUCACUUCUUGGUCUAAAAGAUAUUCAUCUUCUUCGAAGGGUUCAUAGAACUUUCAACGCUGGUGAUAUUUUUGUUCAUAUUGAAGAGUCUUCUGGCCAAAUCAGGAUCAAAUUAGCAAAUGGAGCAUCAGUAUAUAAUUCGGAAAAUAUCAAUACUGAAGAAAUUCAAGAAACUGGUUCCAGUUCUUCUGUUUUUCUGGAUCUAAAGAGUAUUUCUAAAUGGGGUUCUGCACCAGAGAUUUUUGAGAAAGAUAAUGCUACAAAUGGACCAAAAACAGAUAUUUGGCUAUUGGGAAUAACGGCAUUGGAAUUAGGGUACGGAGAGUUACCAGUGAUAAAUCGAGAAGACUUGGAUUGUAUAAUCAAGAAGAUAAGGGAAAAGAAGAAAUUGCCAAAAUCACUUGAAAAACUGCUGCAGAAAAAAGGGAAAUUCAAGAAAGGUUUGGAUUUGAUUAAAAGAAAAGAAAAGGUGUUUUCAGAUGAGUUUGAGAGUAUGGUAAUUGAUUGUCUUGCUGAGGAACCUGAAAAGAGGUCAACUGCUGAUCAGCUUCUGAAUUAUCCAUUUUUUACAAUGCAAAGAGAUAUGAAAAAGUUUGAGCAAUUUGUGUUGAAUAAUUGA